GUGGAAUUAUAAACCGCGGCUAGCAGUUAAGCUAACAGCCCCAAGAGGAGCCGAGGGCAGCCGCAUGUCUUCUGGGUGUGAGCCGUUGUCAAAGCGUCGAAAAAAUACCCGCCGGCUAAAGGGAGACAUCUCCGUUUCGGAGAACGCGUAUAAUCUCUCAGCCGGGGGGAGGGAGACACCGGUUUACACCCAGCAUUGUGUUUUCACACACCGGACAUUGAGACGGGAAACGACGCACAGACGGGGAGCUAACGAGCAAGUAGCAUGGCGCGGGACUACGAUUACCUCUUCAAGCUGCUCAUCAUCGGCGACAGCGGUGUGGGGAAAAGCAGCCUACUGCUGAGGUUUGCAGACAACACGUUUUCAGGUAGUUACAUUACCACCAUCGGCGUGGACUUUAAGAUCAGGACGGUGGAAAUAAACGGAGAGAAGGUGAAGCUGCAGAUUUGGGACACGGCGGGACAGGAACGGUUCCGUACCAUCACUUCAACGUAUUACCGAGGCACACAUGGUGUGAUAGUGGUUUAUGAUGUGACGAGUGCAGAGUCCUUUGUAAAUGUCAAACGAUGGCUUCAUGAAAUCAACCAGAAUUGUGAUGAUGUUUGUCGAAUAUUAGUGGGUAAUAAGAACGACGACCCCAACUCGAAGGUGGUGGAGACGGCCGACGCACAGAAGUUCGCCGAGCAGAUGGACAUCCGGCUGUUUGAAACUAGCGCCAAGGAGAACAUCAACGUGGAGGAUAUGUUCAACUGCAUUACCGAGCUGGUCCUCAGGGCAAGGAAAGAGUCUAUGGCCAAGCAGCAGCAGCAACAGCAGAGCGAAGUGGUCAAACUCAGCCGGAACAGCAAACGCAAGAAGAAGUGCUGCUAACAGACUGGAGUUGUAGCGCUACACUCUCAGAGCCAACUAAACAUGCCACUGAACUGACAAGAGCCAGAGAACAGCCACAGAACGCAGCAUCCCGAGAGAGACGAGCCAAAUCAAAUCGAAAGAGAUGUAUCUAUAUCUAUAUAGAAAUCUACUAAUUAAAAAAAAAAAAAAAAAAAAAAUUUCGGACUUUCUAUUUACACACACGAUAGACUUCUGCAGACUCGAACGUAGAGUUAAGUGAAAACGGAUUCAGGUGGCCACCGCGUCCUUUUUCGCAAAGGUCGAGGAAGUCCACUGCCCCGAUGACCUUUAAAGGAGAAGUCUGUAAUCAUGCCAGCCCUCAGAUAAACACCCACAUUUUUGAAACCCAUUGACAUGUUGGUAUUUCAUCUGCAUUCAUUUUGUUUCGCGUCAUCCAGACAAGAACGUGCCAUUUGACACGAACGAGGAUGACAAUGAUGAAGAACCAUGCAGAGAGAUCCUCAUGCUUUAUCAAUUCACAGGAAGUCUGGCCAGCCUGGACCAAACGCUCAAAUCGCCGCCGAUCCCUCAGAGAUGAAUUAUUUUUGCUCUUUUUUUUUUUUUUUCUUUCCUUUCGCUUGUUGUUGUACAUUCAUUUUUUUGUUAACUAACAAAAUAUACCACUGUAAUCAGUCGCACAGGGGAUUUGGUGCCACCAACCGGACCUUUUUUUUUUUUUUAUUUGCUCUUACAGUGCCGAAGGAAAUUACUGGACCUCAGUGCAGUGAACUCAUUUAUGGAAAAGGGAUAACUUGUAUUCAGACCUGCACGCAGUAGUGUUAUUGGGAGAUUCAUAUCCUUCAGAUUUCACACGCCUGCAUUACCUGGACUCAGGUGUGAUGACAAACCGGCCAAGCGGCCAAUCAAUCAGCUGCCUGUCAUUACGCAAGCUUUGGAUCUGAAGACACUUCAUCUGUUAGACAGCGAUAGAGUGGAGUAUCUUUAGUCAUGAGUAAAGUACUAGAAGACUGAUGUUCAUUCUGACCUGUUUAUUCUCGCUUCUUUAAUCAUUUCAGCGUAAAAGAGCUGCCAAAUCCAGGUGAAUGUUUUGUACAAGAUAUACGUAUUCAAAUCUAAAGAAAUACCUGUCUAUAAUUAGCAGUCGAAUUUAGGGAGCCUCCUUUGCAUAUUUCAUCAGCGUAACUAUGAUCGGAAUCCAAGGCACAGAGCUUAACAGAAGACGAAAAACGAUCAUGUUUAGACACACAUAUGAAACGGCACAGGAAGUGCAAACGAACGUCUCAAGAAAGAACCCGAAGCGGAGCGUGAGCCGUGAACGCGCGCGUGCAUAUCGGUAUUGUAAUCUACACGAUGUACAUAUACAAACACGCAUGUUCGUAGGUAAACAUCAUUAUGUGUGUGUUUUAUAUAUGUGUAAGCUUAAUGAUCUGGUGUACACUGGAAAAAAAAAAAAAAAGAUAUUUUGAUAUUUUGCCACUCAUUCAUUUUGUUCGCUUUAUCAUGAAAUUAACCGAUGAUAAUAAACAUUUUAAAAUAA